AUGCUCAUCAAAUCUACACCACCAAUCCAUCCAAACAAGGCCACAUCACACCAGCCUACAAUGGAGUGCCCCAAGACCUUCUCAUCUUCAUUCUUUAACACCGUCCUCACACCCACUACCUCCUCUCCCCGUCUCCCUCAAACUUUCCCAGAACCAGACUACCUCAAUCCGACAUACAACCUCACCCAAAACAUCCCACCAAUACACCCCUUCACAGCACCGAAAACACUACCUCCAAUCCACACCUCAGACAAGCACACUAUCACAGACCGCAUCAAGUUCGCUUCCUCCCUCCUCUCCCACCCACACUACAACCCACCUCUACAAACCCGCCUUCGCCUGCAGGAGUACAAAACACUUUGCAACAAUCUCCUCUCCCUCACCCAACCAACCACACAAACCGGCCUGCAGGCAUACAAAGCAUGGCUCCAGAAGCGUACAGCAUCAAUGCAACCCGGCUUCCAAAUCAAAGCCCUCCACCCCAAAAUCCACCAAAUCGAAACCGACCUGAAAACCAAAUUCCUCAUCACAGAACCCCUAAGCACCACCCCAGCAACCACCGUCCUAGACCUCAACCUCAGCUUCUCCAAAACGGACCUCCAAGCCUUCUCCAACGAAACCCUAACCCUCCACCUCCAAGUCCUCCUCCACCGCUACAAGAACUUCAUCCCCCCAAGCACCAAGAAGGAAAUGGAUUUCUUCAACCCGAUCAGAGUCCUACACUAUGCUCCCUCUUUGUAUCACACCCACUCACACCCCACCACAAACCAACCAACCUGGAACAGACCCUUCUGGACAACCAUCAACAAAUACCUCACCAAAGAACUCCCCACCUUCAACCAACUCCUCACAACCACAACCCCAACAUCCACCCUCCUAAACUCAGUCCCAGUAUCCCUCCUCUUCACCCGCACCUGUCACGACCAUAACCUGGACAUCGUGGAAAUGAACCACGUGCUAGCCCACAUCCUCUCUCCGGAUAGUAUCCCCCUCCCGGAAAUGGAUAUCGGGGCUUUCAUACGUGACAGGGAUCCCCUGGGACUAGCGAAAAGGUUGAAGAGGGAUUUAUCGGUUGUGCCGGGCUGUGGAGUGGAGAGUCCUCUGGGACGUGACUUGGAGGUUGUUUUUGAUGUUGUGGGUGGGCUGCAGGAGGGGUUCUUUGAGUUGGGGAGGUCGAGGCUUUUGAGCGUUCCUAGGAAUUGGGACGGGGCUUGUGUUGGAGGGUUGGACUAUGGGUCUCUUGAGAGGGAGGAUGACGAGGUGGUAGAUAGAGAAAAGGGCGGAGAAGAGGAGGUUGAGGAAAAAAGAAGUACUGAUGAAGAUGAUAGUGAAGAGACUGAGGAAAGUGAGGAAAGUGAAGAGAGUGAAGAGGAUGAUGAUAAUGAUUCCGACAGCGAUACUCUCUCUAACAGAGAUGAUGCAGAAGUCAACAACGGCGCGAGGUGGUCAGCGCUUCUGAGGAAAGACAUAGCGUGA